GUCAAUGAGCAAGUCAUACACCCCGCCCCCUGGUAACACGUGACCGGCCAGCAACUUCCGGUGCUGGAAGUCGGACGCCAUUAGUACGUUACUGCUGUCAAUUCUGACGUACACACAGUGCAUCACCACACGGGGCCCGGUCACACCGGCUCUAUACACCCAGGGGCCCUAUAACACGGACAUACCGGCUCUGUAUAUUGAGGGGCCCUAUAACACGGACAUACCGGCUCUGUAUAUUGAGGGGCCCUAUAAGGCGGUCACACGGACAUACCGGCCCCUCCCGCCCCUCCAGCCCGCGCUAUGAAGCUCCGGAGCCGCUGAUUCCCGAUGAGAGCCCGGCGGCUGAGCGCUCGCUCCGUCAUGGCCCCCAGCACGGCCUCACGGCGCCGCUCCGCCCGCACACCUCACAGGAAGGCUCCCGCCCAGCGGUCUGACAGGCCUGCGGUGCCCGCCGUGAGGAGCAGCCCGGAGCGGGGCGGGCCGGACUGUGAGCUCUCCCCGGCCGCGGAGCUGGACGAGUUACUGGACGGAUCCUCUCUCUGGUGGGAAGAGGCCGGGCCGGAGGGAGCCCCGCUGGCCGAUCUCCUGCAGCAAAUCGUGGGGUUUGUGGACGGACCGGACGGACUACAGGCCGAAACGGGCUACGGCAACAUGGCGGCCGACUGCACUGCGUCCGCCAGCGUGGACUCCGACAAAAUGGCGCCCGCCGCAACCUUCCCGCGGAAUCGCGGCCGUUGCCAGGGCAACAAGAACGCGCUGGCCGCGCGCCUGAACCGCCUGCGCAAGAAGGAGUACGUCAGCGGCCUGGAGAGCUCGGUCGCGCGCCUGACCGGCGAGAACCAACAGCUGCAGAGGGAGCGCCAGGCACUGGGCGCGCGGGUGCGCGAGCUGGAGCAGGAGGCGCGCUACCUGCGGGCGGUACUGGCCAAUGACAGCUCGCUCUCCCAGUUGCUGGGCAGACUGACGGGGCUGGGCGGGGUCAGGCUCUCCACGUCACUCUUCCUCGACCCAACCACGUCAGCAGGCGACCAUGACUACGCUCUGCCAGGCUUCCGCCAGGACUUGGAGCAAGCCAGGGAAGCGGGAGAAGGAGCCCACCCCUGCGGAGUGUGUCUGCAUGUGGACAGGGAGAAGGUGUCUGUGGAGUUCUGCGCCUCGUGUGCCAGGAAGGCCGUGUCUGCGAGCAAAAUGUAGGACCAGAGGACAGACUGUUACCAUAGACACUGUGUUCAUCAUGGCACUCCUAGUGCUCUCUAACUGCAGCCACUGUGACCAUUCCCAUAAUGCCAGCAGCUAUGGGGGGCCAAGCCUUGCUGAGCAUCGUGGGCAAUGUCUACACAGCCUGUUCACCCAAUUAGUGGUUUAUACUUUUUGUAAUGAGAAGCUGAGCGCUGGACCACCUGGAAUUGGCUAAUAGUUAUUGGUAUCUUCUACAUAGUUAGACCAUAAUUUACUGCUUAAGGGUUAACUGAGUGAUAAGAUUUGUAUUUUUUUUUUUAUUAAAGGGGACAUGGUUAUGAAUGAUGAUAAAAUGCUUAAAUAUGUCUGCAAUAACAGUUUAAUCCUUUUUUUAAUGGUGCAACUGCAUGAAGAUUGUCUGCAUCCAUUAUACAAUGCUAGUAAACCUCUCUGACAGUUUGUUUUUUAGGUGAUUUCUCGCCUUGCUCAGUUGUAGGAGUUAAAGAGCAGUCGAUUCCGCAUCGCAACCUGGUAAGGAUCCCUAUAAAUAAUUACAAAUCUGUGCUUUAUGUAAGCAAUUGUGUCCAUGUGAAAAUACAAACUUACUUUGUAUUUUACAAACUUAAGUCUUUGGACACUGCAUGUUGCAGAGUUGUAAACAGUUUAAAAUCACCUAUUGAUAUGUUCUUGUGCAAACAGUACACUCAAAUGGCUGCAUCUACAACAUUUAACCUAGCAAAAAUGCAUACGGACCUGAUACUGGCCCUCAUUUUAAGGGUUUUUUCACUAGUAUUUUGCAGAGCUUAACUGCAUUCCAUGAUGCUUACUGAUUUUGUUCAAGGGGCACACAAUGCAAAGUUUGUAUAAACUGUGGCUGGUGAAGCAUUGGCAGUCUUAUUCUGUCUGUUGCAGCCAUUGGCUUUCUGUAUUCUCAAGAGAGCCUCCUUAAGUAGUUUUAAUGCCUUAUGGUAGCCUGGAUAAUCUGAAUAUUUACUGAACACAUUUGCCCAUAAAGCUCAUCUAGCCAUGUGGCGGACUAAGCAUCAAUGGUAACAUAUUUUGACAGCUGUAGUGCCAAAUGAAGCCAUUAUUGUUUUAGGUUUAUCAAACUAUGAAGUUCAAAGGGCAUCAGUAGCAAGUCUAAAUAACUAAAGAUGGCAAAAUCUAUGGCAAAUUUCUGUAAAUUACCGAGAAGCACAUCUCACAUGUACAUUUUGUAGCAAUAGAUAACAAAUGUCCAGUUUUCAAUUUACUUUUGGCUAUGUGAUAUCUGUUCACUUCAUGGAGAUGUCAAUCUAACUUGGUGUUGGAGAGGUCAAUAAGUAUGCAUGGGUUAUUGUGCCCAGUAAGAUGUUUUGCAAAUAUCCCUUCCUUCAUCACAGCUUGACCGCAUCCAUAAAAAAUGCAGUUCUUUCACAAGCACAGAAAACUGAAUAUUUUUAUACAUUGCACACAAUGUUUAAAUUUUGUGUAAUUGUUAAAUCUUUGCACUGUAUUUGUAAAGUGAGAUUUCACAAAGAAUUCAAAGUGUGUUGUUGCGGCAGUAUUCACUAUUCUCCAUUAGAAACCUGUUUAAUUUAUUUUGGUUAAUUACAACUCGUUUUAUUUUGACUGUUAAAUGAACAUAUAUUGCCAUGCAGGAUGUAGUCAUGAGAGAUUUUAGUUUAAAAAAAAAAAUGCUUUAACUAACUUGCAACAUAACAGCGUGUAGACAAAUGAGGGAAAUGCAUACUUGGCAUAGAGCAGUGUUUUCUUAACCUCAGCACUCCAGAGGUUUGAUUUCUAUGAUGCUGAACAGUGUAUCGCUGUAGUAUCAAGACUGGUCUCCAGUGGUGUAGCAAUCUGUAUCAAUAUUCCCUAAAGCUAUACAGUGUACCAGAGACCACAAACGGAGUUCUUUUCAUCUGCCAUUGUUCCACAACACACUCCACUAGUCUUUUUGAAAUCUCAUUUAUUUUCAUUGAAUAUGUGUAUUUAGCAUCCUUAUUUUCUUUUAUGCUAAAGUGGAUUCAGCUGUAUGGGGAGGAAGAUCCGGGACCAGCUGCUGAUCACAUGUCGUGCUUUGUUUUAAAAGGUAGUAUGGUACAUGAGGAAACCGAGGUAAUAUCAGGGAUUUUUAUAUUUCUUAUUGAUGUUAGAAUGCAAGUAUUGGAAUUCAUGAAAGUCUGAAUUUCUAAAUAUAUGAUGAAUUGUCCUGUGGAUGGGAUAUAUCUCAUUGUGUAAGAAUUGACUCCUAGUUGAAACAUUGUGUCCAUUACAUUUCAUGAUACCCAGUUCCCACUAGUUUAGUAAACUGAACUGUCUGGGUUGUAUUUAUUUAAUUUUCAACACACAUUAAAGUGGCUGUGUUUCCUUCUGGGGUGUCUGCAUAUUUGGCAUAGACCUCAGUGGUUACUUUGCUGCUUGCAUUGAGGUGACUGUGGGGUGUGCAGGGUAAGCUUUACCUACCUGCAUGCGCAGGAGUAAAAACAAAAACAAAAAAAGUCUAUGGUCCCACCUGAUCCUUCGUAGACAAAGCCCUUUUCCCCCAUUGCUGUCAAUAGUGACUGCUGAGGGUUUGACACCGGUAUCUCAAGGUUUUUGUCAAGCACCACAAAAAUCUUUUUAUUGCGUUGGAACUUUAGUGAAUAAAUACUUAAUAUUUAUGAAAUGCUCAUUUUUGGGGAGAGUAGCAUUCCAUUGAAAUAUUGCUUUAACUACUGCAACAUGGAACAUUCAGCGGCUCUGUAGAGAUUUGCUAACAUUGGAGUAAGGUUCAUCCAGGGUUAUUUACUAAAGUGAAGCUUCAAAGCUUAAGGCCAGAGUAGCUAAACCUUUCUAGUCUUGGCUGUUUUGACCUUGCAUUUAAAAUCCACUUUAGUGAAUAACCUUUUGUGGAGUGUCCAUUCUAGUAGCUGAGCAAGGCAAGCAAAUGCAUACACACAGGAAUGCCUGCUUAUUAUCUUCUGUGACUCCCAAAAGAUGGUAGAACUAAUUCAAAGAUGGCAUUCGCUUCCUUGCACAAUCCAGAUGUGAAGGUGUGGCAGACAACAUGCUCUUGAUCAGACUAGCACAAUCCUAUUAAGAAAAGUGCUGCUGUAAAAAAUAGAUUCCAAAUUUUGCAUGUUUCACACUUUGAUUCAAUAUUACACAUUAAGAUAUAUUGAUUUUCACAUUUAAUAAAGGAGUUGUUUAUAGAUUUAUUGCUGGAUUAUUUUGUUAAUUGCAGAUUAUGUUUAGUGUCCUGUUCAGAAACAUGCAAGCAUUGAUUUAUGUUUAAAGUAAUGUAACUUUAUUUUGUUCUCUUGCAAAUGGCUCAGACAACAAAGCAGCAUCAGUUGUUAAAUUUUACUUCAGACUUACAAUGUCCAAACUGGGUGUUUAAAGAGCUAUACUGUCCAUUAUACAAUAUGAGUGAAUUGUAAAUAUCAUGAGUGUUAAUGUUUUAAAUUAAAUGCUGCCUGAAUAAACAUUAUAGUGGGCUGCAAAUAUCAGUCAGAUUCCAGUGUCUGGAGUAAUUGCGUUUUCCUUUUUGUUCCUAUCUCGUUUAGCCAAUUCCACUUAAUGUUGUUAAAUAUGCUUCAACAGAUAAGAAACAAUCUUAAUGGAUUUUAUCCUCCCUAUAUUUUUUCUGCAACAUCUGUGUUUUUCUUAUACAUCCCUAGUCACACAUUUCAUGUGUCUUGCAGGCUCCCUAAACACUUAUUUUAAAGAGAUCUAAUGUUUACACUUUCUUUAUUGCAGUCUUUAACUCCGUAAGGAUUGAGCCAAAUGUACACGUUGUAAACAAAACGUAAACAAAACCUGACAUUUGCGCUACAUGUCUGUCCAACCGUAAUUCACCUCUUUCAUAUUAACCCCUUAAGGACACAUGACAUGUGUGACAUGUCAUGAUUUCCUUUUAUUCCAGUAGUUUGGUCCUUAAGGGGUUAAAUGCACCCACCCUUAUUAUAUAUCAUUUUAUUCAGGGGAAACAGGGCUUUCAUUUAAUAUAAAAUAUUUAGCUAUGAAACAUAAUUUAAUAUGAAAAA